AUAAUGAGUUAGUGGCUGAAGCCAAAAGUUUACCAGGCCAAAGAAUAGUCCCAGUUACUACUACUGCUUAUUCAGCUUAUCCAGCUCCUACUUCAGCUGCUUAUUACUCAAAAUCAGCUGCUUAUUAUUCACCUCCUCCUCCCCCAGCUGCUAACUUUUAUUCAGAUGCUCCGCCAGCCGCACAAUCUCCUUCAGCUGCUAAUUAUUUCUUUUCUCCUGCGACUCGUAAAGCCUCUCCACAUUCUUAUUCUUAUGAAUCCAUGAAUUUACCUCAAUAUCCAGGAGGUAGUGAUUCUGUUAUGCAGGCUGCUAGUGCAUCAAAAAUAUCCAAAGCAGCAUCAAUGCUUUCUAAUAGAAGUCGACUGUCUCAUCAGUCUCUCUCUAUGUCUUCGAAUGAAAUUUUUGUCGGUACACAACCAGGUUUUAGUGAUAAUAUUUUAUACGGUGGAACUUUUGAUAAUAUUGUAUGCGGUGCACCGCUAAGUUCUUAUGAUACAGCUAUUUCUGUAAAAUCAAAGCCUCCAAAGAUUGAAACUCUUUAUGAUUUUCUCAAAUUUCAAUCAUUUGAUGGUUCAUUUUUACCAUCUUCAAAAUUUUAUUCUUGGUUUGGUAAAAAAGAUUUUAAAGAUUUUGAAGUUAUUGGAGUUGAAAAUGAAAAAAUGUUAUGUUUGGCAUUAGCAAUGGUAUAUUUGGAAAUUAUAUUGUUUGAAACAUUUAAAGAUGAAUGUGAGAUGUGUUAUGAAAAAGCUAAAAAAGCUUUGAAAAAAGAGGUUGGUGAUGAUGAGCAAAAGAUUAUUGAGAUUUUGAAAAAUGUUAAAGAAUGGUUUGAAGAAAUUGGAAAUGGAAAAUUAAUUGUAAACAUUUAUACUGAAAAUUUAAAACAUAAAAAACAAGCAUCUUCAAAUCAUAUAGUUGAGGUUUUAGAGUCUUCAGUAACUCAAAAAAUCCUAUUAAAUCUAGUGAAAGUAGCUUAA